UUUCUAUGACACAUUCCUAUUUGAUUAUUUUUCCUGUGUGUGAUUUGUGUCUAGUUAGUUUUUCGCUUAUGUUUCAGUGAAGUGCCGAUAAGUUAGUUACAAACUGGCAACAAAAUGCUCAAGUCCGAGAUGCAACAUCAGUUCUGGGUGACCAAGAAGGCCUUUCAACGUCGCCUCGGCACCAAAGAGGACGAGUGCAUCGUAUCGUCAGAUGCCGAACUCGAUGCAAAAAUUGAACUUUUCAAAUCGAUAUCGGAAAGUUGCGGGCACCUUUAUCGCAUAAUCGAUCACUAUCAGGAACGCCUUUGCAUACUAGCACAGGAAGAGAAUGCGCUCGGCAAAUUUCUCAAGGAAACGGGAAAGAACAGCAACACGACGGGGAAAGUGAUGCAGAGCACUGGGAAGGCGAUUUCCUACUGUGGCCAACAGCGAAUGACCAUUCGACCAUCGCUGCUACGGCUGCAUCAUGAAGUGGAGACGUUUCGGGGCCGCGCCAUCGCCGACACACAUGCCACAAUCGUGAUUAUGGAGAAGGAACGGACUGAGUACCGAGCGGCUUUAAGCUGGAUGAAGUCCGUGAGCAAUCAAUUGGAUCCCGACACUGGCCGCGGGGUGGACAAGUUCCGUAAGGCACAAACACACGUCCGAGUGGCAAAGACCAAGUUCGAUCGCUUGGCUCUGGAUUGCCUGCAGAAGAUCGACCUCCUCGCCGCCGCCCGUUGCAAUAUGUUUUCCCAUACACUUGUUGCUUACAUGGCCGCGCUCCUACACUACGCCAUAAAAACGUCGGAGACCUUCAAGGCAACCGCAAAAGCUCUCUCAGCCAGUCCACAAUAUAAUUUUUGUAUUUUGAAAGAUUUAACCCAAGCCCCGGUGGAGGAAGUCCCCGAGGAGAGGAAAGAUGUCACCCCAUUGGAUUCCGAUCAGAUGCUUUUCUUUUUGGAUGACUACAAAGACGAUAAAAUCGAAACUAAAAACGCCGAAACCAAACCUCAACAACAAGAAUCUGAAGCAGCAAAGCAGCCUACAUUAAUACCAGCCCUUAUUGACAUCUCGACUUCUGAAGAAACAACAAGUGAACUUAAGGCGACAACUUCUCUAUUGGACAAACUCGACAAUUCUUCCGAUAAUCAAAAUGCUGCUCCUUUACCUCCUCCUAGCACUACAACAAAUAAUAUCAACAAUUCCGAAAAGACAACCCUCGAACAACUACUAGGUUUAGGCGAUGAUUUUGGCGAUUUUGUAUCAUCACAAUCGGAACCACUCUCAUUUAUGCCCUCCCAACUAUUACUAGGCGAAGAAAUUAAUACCAUAAUGAAUGCAGAAGCAACGAAACCUGACUUAGAAAACCAUUCCGUUCCCGAAAAUAAGAAUGAUUCGUCCGACGUUCCAAAGAAUAAGAAUUCCAUUUUAGAUUUCUUCAACAUUCCUUCACUGAAUAAACAAAAUACCAGCGGAGCAAGCGCCAAUAAUAACGAUACUAACCAAACAAAAACUAGUAGCACCGGUGGAAUGCCAAAGUCAAAAGAUAAAAACGGUCGUAAAGAUAUGUCUGCAUGGUUUCAUUUAUUUGCUGAAUUGGAUCCUUUGGCGAAUCCAGAUGCAAUGGCAAGGAAAAUUGAUGGGGGGAAGGACAAUAGCCAAGCUGCUUAAGGAGUGUGUGAAGGAUCAUCUUAGUCAUAUGUGUUAAUGACAUGCAAUCGAUAGACUGGGAAUGUAUCCUUUAUUGAACUAAAUUCUUCGGAAUUUAUCGACAAAAAGCGGGGAAAAUAUUUCGAAAAGAAUCUUUUCCCAAGACUUGAAAAUGUUUCUACAAUGAAAGCCGAAAUUUCGGGUUAACACCUUUUUAAAUCUCGUAAAAUUAUCAUUUCGGAAUAGAACUUGUAAUUAAGAUUUUUACCGAUAAGGGAUACUCCUAAACUUUUAGUCAUGCGUUGCCAGUUUAUCGAUAGUAAAUAUUCGCUUUUUUGCGGUACAGUUAGAGGUGAAAUCGCGAAUGCUUUCCCAAGUGAAUGAUGAAACGAACGAGAAAUUGUGAAUCAAAACAAUAAAUAGGAAUCUAAAAGACACGCUACUGAGAGAGGUUUUUCCGAAAGGAAGCUUGAAAGCCUGACAAAAUGAAAUGUGAGAUGAACACUAUAAGCUAGUCAAAACGUAUAAUUUAUAUAAUAUAUAAAUGUUUAAACACACUAAUCUGAAACUUAUUUUUUUCUAUUUAUCGUGUAUUUUUGUCGUAUUUUAUUUGACAAUUUUAGUGGAAUCAUUACUAGUCAUCCUCGAUAUAUAUUUCGAUGUAAACAUUGCAUAAACGAAAUAAAAAAUACAUAUAUAUUUAUGCAGAGUGUA